AUGUCGAAGUACGUUCUCUGUAGAUGUGGCGGGGAGGUGGUAGAAUGUCCAUCGUAUAAAGAGAUAUCCAUGGAGUUGUUCUGCCAAGAUGUAUACAAUAUAUCCAAGGCAUUUAACACAUAUGUCCAGCAGUACGUGAAUUUCAAGAAAGAUAUAUCGUUCUCCGGUCGCGUGUUACUCGCCGUAGUGUUUUCUGUCGCGAUCUUAUUAGCCUUGUGUGGGAAUCUUGUUGUUGUAGCUACCCUUUCAAAAAUUAAAAGACCAAGAAACAAUAUGAACGCUUAUCUGAUCAAUCUGGCCGUAGCUGACAUAGGGAUGGCGAUCAUUUGUAUGCCGUUCACGCUUGUUUCGAUCGUUUUGCAGGAAUGGGCAUUUGAAGACAUACUUUGCCCAAUUGUACAGUUCAGCAAACAGGUCUCAGUAAUGGUCAGUAUUUUCACCUUGGUUGUUGUGAGUAUAGACAGAUACAGAGCAGUUACCUCUCCAUUACAGACGCAUAUAACUCACCAACGAUACCGCAAAGGAAUCCUAAUAGGACUAACUUGGAUUGUUGCCGUAUUGUUAAACAUUGCAGCACUGGUAAAAGCACGAGCGGUAGACAGAUAUGCGAACAUGUUUACGAACGAAUCAAACAUUUGGUGUGAUGAAGUGUGGUUCGGUGACAGGACGGCGGAAAUUGCGUAUGAGAUGUACAUGUCUGCUGUCGUAUGUCUUGGUCCUUGCGUUGUCUUUGUUGUGACAUAUGGAAGCAUAUCCAAACACAUAUGGUCCAAACGUGACCCAGGACAGGAAGACCGUAGCGGCGACUCUAAUCGUCGGCAAAGCAAAGUAAAGGUAAUAAGAAUGGUUCUUAUGGUCGUGCUAGCUUUCUUCAUAUGUUGGCUACCGCUCCAGACGCUGCGUCUCGUUGUCCUAUUUGAACCAGACUUGAAGUUCGGCGAGAGUGGAUGGCUUAUUUUAAGACUAUAUGUAUUCGUUUAUUUACUGGCUAUGUCACACAGCUUUGUGAAUCCCAUAUUAUAUACAUUUCUACAUGAACAUUUCAAGAAGGAUGCACGAGAGGCCUUCAUGUUGUACCGACGUUGUUGUUGCAAGAACGAUAAUGCAAUGCGGUCUAGUAUAAGAAGUUCCCGCUCCCGCACCACAUCACAGUCAAGGAUGUCAUUCAUGAAAGUCUCUUCAAGAUUGGAUAAAAGAAGCGGGGAGAAGCGCUCUAAUACAAAAGCCAAGAGCAAGACCGACAAAAAAACAGCUAAUACCUCACAUAUGGAUGAACAAUGGAAACGAGGCUUUGAAGGUCAGUUAAAAGAAAUCGCCGACAAGCGAGAAGAUUAUCUACAACAUUACGAGAACCAGCUACAACAGUUGUCCGGCUGGCGACACGACAUGUUUAGAGACCAACGCAAACCAAGUCAACGAACAACAAAAGCAAAACACGAGUGA